UGAUUCCUCAGCAUCGGUAAUGACUGUCCUUCAUUGGAGGUUAUUAAAUGACUUUUGAAGGAGAUGACUCUUCAGGGGAGUUCACUGAUGAUAAUGAAAUUAUUUAGGGGGGUAUGGAAUAAACAAGCUUAAAAGGAAAAGAAAGGGGAGGAGAUCAAUUAGAUGCACCUGUGAGUCGGGGGAAGGGAAAAGCUACCAAAGACAGCAUGGAGGAGAACAGAAAGAGGAGUGAGAGCGACUGAAGGAGGCGAUGAUGACAGUCUUGACCGGGGCCCUGGACGUUAAAAGCCCCUAGAGACGAAAGUAAAAGUAGUGAAAUACGGGAAAUAGAACUGUGGCAGCUGGAUUUCCUGCAAGUCACCAGGUUCAGGUGAAGCGCGGGAAUUCAUGUCUUUACCGGAACAACAGAAAAAAAACCCUGACCGAGGUCCCCAACACUACAACCCCCUGCUUGGCUAAUUUUAGCUCCAGAGUUAGAACUAGGGGGGAUUGGAGGGGGUCUGACCCCCUCAUUACUACUUGGACCCCCCCCCCCAACAGGUAAAAUCAACAGUUGGAGGGAUCUAAACAUUUAUUGAUCUUUCUCACCGGUAGUUAUAACUAUUACAAAUACUUUGCCGUAUUCACACCUGGCAGAGUCCUGUAAAGCGAUUUCAGGAACACCUACAGGUGGAAGAAGACCCGCCCCCCUCUGCCUCUGAUUGGCCAACUAUAGGCAUGAGGAGUGGUGGGGUGGUUAGGGUUGGAGGGACGAAUGACGCUGUCCGCCUGCCUCGUCAUUGAGGUGGCUCACGUCCUCAUUGAGGUCUUGCUCCCGUGUGUUGCUCAAAGCCGAUAGAGACGCUGUAGGUUAGUGAACCUCGCUAGCUACUGUAUCGCAGCCUGUUUAAUACACUUUCCUUUCUCUCCUUCAGAGUUUCUGGAUUAGACUGUGUCAAGUGUGUACGGAUGAAGGCUAACGUUAGCUAGUUUCUAACCUUCGCCUUAAGUUGCAGUUACAGUUAAGGCAAAAGUUAACGUUUGCCUUACCUAACAUUAGCUAACUAGUGUUAGCUAGCUGAUAGCACGCCCUGUCAUUUCCCAUGUUGACUUAGCAUUUCAUCACCGAUAUAAAAUGUCAUAUGUUAUCUAAUGUUAGCUAACACCGGUGCUCAGUCAGGGGCAGUGAGACAAUGGAAGACCAGUUGUUGUUUAGAUACAUCUCGACAUCAGUAUAGAGUUUAUUAUUUCAUUUUAAUAGUCUAUUGUGUGGCUGUGGCGGUUUAGCCUUUUUCCUUUUUGAUAUGGGAUUUUAUAACAGGCACCUCCUUUGUUUUCAGUCAAGAAUUCAGGCGUUUCACCUGGUUGGGUAAGUGAACAAUAUUAAAAUCCACGUGUGCUGAAGGCCCAGUAAUUGUAUGAGUUCAAAUGUUUCUUUCACAGGGUCCACAAGAGCAAGAGGAGAGGAAAUAUCCAGAACUUUUUUGGUGCUAAGAAAAGAGCAAGUUGAAACUUGUUGGAAGUCAGUGACACGCACACACACCGAGACAAACAGCUGUUUCGUGCCCUUAACACGUCUCUGGAUAAUAACUGUAGCUGGUUAAAUCCUUUCUGAGCUGUGAGUGUUGAACGAGACUGUGACACUCCUGCUCCGUGACGUUAGCUCAGGUGGUUUACAGGAAUUGCAGGUAUUUCAGAGCCGUGUGUUGGGAUUUCUGUCACAGCUGUAAAACAAAUAUGAUCAGAUGUAUCUUAGAUAACAAAACGUGUUUGACAAGGUGUUUCUGUUUUAAUAUCCAUCCAUAAAAUAGCUAAGUAGCCUUAUUACUUAUCCAUGGAGGGUCACGGGGGGGCUGGAGCCAAUCCCAGCUGACAUUAGGUGAGAGGCUGGGUAUAACCUGGGCAGGUUGCCGGUCAUCUAGUGUGGCUGCCAACUCUUGCUCUAACGUGACCGGGUUACUGUCUCAUUGGAGACUUUAUUUGGGAAACAAUGGGGAUUACCGUGGUACUCUCUGGAGCCAUGUGGUUUCACUUUCACUUGUAGGAGCUUUUUUACAUGAGCCAGUAGGAAAAAAAAGGGGAGGGCAACAGGGUUGGAGCAGGAUUCCAUAAAAGCUGAAGCUGAACCUCCAGUGUUGGACGAUAACGAGCUGACCUGUGUUUGAUCGCAAGCAGGUAAGAUGACACAAACAAAUGACAUGUUCACCUCAUAAUCUCACUUCUUGUGUACUUUGUUUCUCAACAGUUACUUCAGCAUAUUACAGACAAUAUUUCAGUGAGCUUGAACUUUCAUUCUUGACUCUUUUGAUGUUAAGUGAUAAACGUCUGUGGGGUUCUGUUAAAACUUCGUAGUGUUUAAUAAUUAAUUAAUAAUAAUAUUCAGUCUGGAUCCAGCAGAAACUUCAACUUCUUCUCGUCUGAAGAUUCAUGUCGUCCUAUAAGCAGUUUAUAGAGUCAUAAUCAUCAACAUCUGGACUGACGUGGAGCAGUAUAUGUAGGCAUAUGCUGCAAUCUGAGGCGGUAUUGAACACUGUGUGAAUGUGCGGGGGCUCCGAUGGGACAGUCCCAGUGUUUAUCGUCCUCGUCAAUGACCUUUGACCGGUCACUCAGAGCAUCUGACCAACACAGUUCAUUUACACUCUAGUACAUCUACACAUUCUUACACUUCAUUGCCAACGACGAGACUUCUUGUUUUUGGUCUUCAGGUUGGAGGAGGAAGAGUUGGACUCGUGUUUUCAGUUUGUGAGCGGACGAUCAGCUGUUUGAAUAUGAACAACUGUGACACAGACGCCGGUCAGAGUCCGGGAGAGAAGCCUGAAGUCACGCAGACUGAUGUAGAAGAGAUGGAAAAAGACAUGGAUGAAAUUCAACGGGCCCCUCUGAGAUUCUCACAUAUUGUUUUGAUGUAACACAUUCCAGAGAUGGAAUUCAUAAGGAAGACAUUAAGUAAACCAUUAAUAAAGGUUGCAAUAGAAAACUGCAAGAAUGAAGCUGUUGUGCAGUGGCUGAGAACGAAUUCAGAGUCUGGGGCCUUUGCCAAACUCGUGGACAUGUUUCAUUUCCUGCAAAAACACAUCGAUGAGGAAGAAAAGAAGAACCGCAGCGACAUCGCUGAUAUCACCUUUCUGGCUCAUGGAUCAAUCGGAGACUCCAUGAUCCCAGCCAACUGCCUGUUGCCUCUGUCCACCAUCGCGGAUGUGGUCCUGUAUAAUCCCUGGAACUGCCUAACCACUUCUGAUGUAGUCUACGGUAUUGCUACAGGACUCAUAAAACCUCAGCACAGAGUUUUUAGCUGUAGGAAAAAUGACGGUUGUCAAAUUCCUGACGGGAAACAUUGUCCCACCAACCUGCCCAACCACUGGAACUCACUGAGGAACGCUGGAGAACGGAUGGUCCCAAACAUCAUGGUUAGUCCUCUUCAACCAGAGGAUGGUGUGUGGCAAAGAUUUGAGUUCCUCACAAAAAAACAUGGUCCGCUGAGGAGAAACCAGAUCAUCAUCCCGUUCAUCCUCCCAGGAAAGAGAAGUGAAAGUGUUCCGUUCUUUGUAGUCACCCUGGCCCUGUCUCUGGUGCUCCUGUCCUCCAGGCUGAAGGCCACCGUCCAUCUCGCUGCCUGUCUGGGUGAGAGAUCUGCUGGACAGAAAUUUGACGAGGACUAUCUGAAAGAGCAGUACGCCUACACCAUCAACAGCACUUUAAUGACAGCUUCACCAGACAUGUUCAAGGCAGCCUAUAUAGAAUUAUCAAAAAGGUACAAUUAAGCAUGUUGGCAGCUCAUUUGGAGGCUGACAGAGGACUUCUGGCUGUGGCCGUGCACCUUUAAACGAAUGUGACUCGUGAUCGCUCAGUCUAAAUGUCAGCGCAGUCGAUCUCACAGCUGCUGACACGGACCUGGCUUCAUGUUGGUUCUGUCGACAGUGUAGUGAUUCGAAAACAAUGAUUUUAUCUGCUGCUCAGAGACUCGGUACUGAUUGCUGCUCAACAUGUAUCUAUGAGCCCUGAAAUUCACAGGUGAAUUCAGAGGUUAAUUUCAGGCUUCAGACGUGAGCAGAUAUAGAUCCGGACUGUAAAGACAGUAGACAUGGACCCCGUGCACACACUUUAAAGAUUUCCUUUCUAUGAAAUGACCCCUGGAGGGCUCCAUGGAGUCCAGCUCAGGGUUACUUUUAGUUUUCAGGGUGUAUUCAAAGUUUUAGUUUUGAGCUUCAGCAAAUAAUUGAUUUCAAUUGUUCUUUUUUCAGACAAUAAUCUGCUCAUGAAUAACAUCUAGUAUCUUUCAAGUGUUCCACAUUUUAGGUGUUUAUUUUACUGUGUUUAUUCUGCGUCCACUGAAUGUAGCUGCAGAAUCAUAGUCUGCCUCGUUUAAAGAAUAAUUCCUUUUUUAUUUAUCACUUCAACUGACCUGAUGUGAACAAACAGAAACCUUUAGCAGCGCGAGCGUCUUCUGCCUUUAAAAGAACAUUUCUGUUAUAAAUCAGCUGUCACAUGGUGAGUUAACGUUAAAGUAAAGAAGCUGCAGGAAACAUUUUGUUCACUCUCUGACAUGAAGAAAUCCGUUUGGACGUUUGAGAUAUGUUUUAGCUCACUUUUUAAAAACGCAGUAAAUUACCAGGUUUUGGGCAAACGAAUAAAAAGUCAGGAAACAAAUCAUUCAGAGA